CCUUUUUCGUUCAAGAUGGCGGUGCCCGUAGAAAAAGUCAAAGUUCUUGUUCUUGGCGAUUCUGGGGUGGGAAAAUCGUCUCUUGUACAUCUAAUAAGUCAGGGAGAAGCCAUGGGCAAUUCUGCUUGGACGAUAGGGUGCAAUGUAGACGUCAAACUGCACGAUUAUCGUGAAGAAGGGACGCCCCACGAGAAGACGUUCUGUGUGGAGCUGUGGGACGUGGGAGGCUCCAUCAACCACAGUCUGAGUCACAGUGUGUUCUUCAACUCCGCCCACGGCCUCAUUCUGGUGCACGACCUGACCAAUCGGAAGUCCCAGGGAAACCUGCGCCGCUGGCUCGGGGAAGUCCUCAACAAGGACGCGGGGAAGAAGAACAACGGGGAGUUUGAUUACGACGAGGAGGUGUUCUCGGAGAACCAGCUCCCUGUGCUGGUGAUCGGGACCAAGAUGGACCGCAUUCCCGACAACAACCUGGAGGAAGUGUUGUCUCGCAGCUCGUCCGUGGCGGGACAGUGUCGCGCAGACUUCAUCAACCUGGACUGUAUGCAGAACAAACACCUGGCGGCAGGAACCACCAACGCCGUCAAACUCAGCAGGUUCUUUGACAAAGUCAUUGAGAAAAGGUACUACACACAGGACCCCCGGGGGCGGCUAGGGUCUCAGGAGAGAAGACGUCCUCCUUCCAUGACAAGGACUUUUAGCCCAACAUUUCUCCAAGAAAAACUGGACUGAAGGAGUCAGACCGGUGUCAAAUAGUUCUUAUACCUGCUCAGAUAGCUGUUACACUGAGUGACAGAACAUCUUUGUCACUUUUAACAUGUGCCAUGAUAUCAACAUAUAUCCAACUACAUUGUACUAUAUAUUGGAUAAUAAUAUCUAGUUUGUAUUGAAAUUGUAGUAAAACUUCUACACGUUACCUGACCUACCUGUUUUUCUUUCAUGUAAAUGAUGUAAGGUCUUACAGAUAGUACUGCUAAUAUGCUCAAGUACGUAGACCACAGCUUGUGAAUUUUAUGGAUGACAUCCUCUGAAGCACAGAAACCAAAUCUAAUGCAAGAGUGCAAAAAAAGAUACCUAAAUAUUCUUCUUAGUGUGGUAGCUAUAGCCUAAUGUCACUUCAACUACCUCACUAGGGACACUUCUACACACAAGUGCACUCAAGGCAUUGCCAGAGUGGAAUGAAAGUUCUUUCUUUUUUUUUUAAUCAGGCACAAACCAAUGUGUGGGUAUCAUCCAUAGGAUUAACUUGCUGUGGCCUAUGAGCCAUUUCAAGACGGACAUGGAUGUCAUUUGUUGGUGUCAAAAUGUAAGGUUGUAUAGUAAUACUUUUCUUCGAUGUCCUUGUAGUUGAAUAAAUGGCAAUAUUCUUCCCUAUGCUGGUUCAAAGAGUUUGUUUGACCAACCUAAGCAAGCACUACAACUGUACCUUUUUUCCUCUCAACAUCACAUGGCACCUCAGGAAUCAAAACAUGCAAUGGAAACCAGCAGAACUGGUAUUGGUCGUU